AUGGCCUCGGCCAAAUCAAUCGGCAAGUUGGCCUUUAUUAAGGGGCGCUUCGGUGAUGUCAUGCAUACAUUUAUCAGACGACCGACCGCAGGCGAAUCGCUGUGGCGACAAUCCAAUGACGACACAUCUAGCGACGACACAUCUAGUGACGACAUAUUCACUGACGACACAUCUAGUGACGACACAUCUAGUGACGACAUAUUCACUGACGACACAUCUAGUGACGACACAUCUAGUGACGACACAUCUAGUGACGACACAUCUAGUGACGACAUAUUCACUGACGACACAUCUAGUGACGACACAUCUAGUGACGACAUAUUCACUGACGACACAUCUAGUGACGACACAUCUAGUGACGACACAUCUAGUGACGACACAUCUAGUGACGACACAUCUAGUGACGACACAUCUAGUGACGACACAUCUAGUGACGACACAUCUAGUGACGACUCAUCCACUGACGAUACGUUGUGUGACGACACCUUCACUGACGACACAUCUAGUGACGACACAUCUAGUGACGACACAUCUAGUGACGACACAUCCACUGACGACACAUCUAGUGACGACAUAUCCACUGACGACACAUCUAGUGACGACAUAUCCACUGACGACACAUCUAGUGACGACACAUCUAGUGACGACACAUCUAGUGACGACACAUCUAGUGACGACACAUCUAGUGACGACAUAUCCACUGACGACACAUCUAGUGACGACAUAUCCACUGACGACACAUCUAGUGACGACACAUCUAGUGACGACACAUCUAGUGACGACACAUCUAGUGACGACACAUCUAGUGACGACACAUCUAGUGACGACACAUCUAGUGACGACACAUCCAGUGACGACACAUCCACUGACGACACAUCUGGUGACGACAUAUCCACUGACGACACAUCCAGUGACGACACAUCUAGUGACGACACAUCCACUGACGACACAUCUGGUGACGACACAUCCACUGACGACACAUCCAGUGACGACACAUCUAGUGACGACAUAUCCACUGACGACACAUCUAGUGACGACACAUCUAGUGACGACAUAUCCACUGACGAUACGUUGUGUGACGACACCUUCAGUGACGACACGACGAAAGCUCUAAUGAUGACG